AGCAGCCAGGGACCUGAGAGAGAAGGGACAGAGACACAGAGACAAUUCAACAGCUCAUCAGAUGGACAACUUCUGAAUCUGAAAACACAAGAAACGAGGAAAUCAUCCAACAGGAGGCCUCGAUCCACAGCACAGUCAGCAGGGACGGGCAGGACCACUAAUUGCUCCAUGAGGAAUCGGGGGCCAUGGUGCUGAUGGGGCUCCAUCUCCUGGUACUGGCCCUGUGGGUUGGUGUUGGAGUAAAGCUCCAAGUUAAGGGCGACCAGUUGAAGCCGGCCCGGGCACCUCUGAUCCCUCAUCGGCCUUUUGUUGUCGUGUGGAACGCUCCUACUGAGUCCUGCCGCCUUCGAUUCAAGGUAGACCUGGACCUUAGCGUUUUUGACAUUGUGGCAAACCUCAAUGAAACCCUAAGUGGACCAAACGUCACCAUAUUCUACCACAGCCACUUGGGAUACUACCCAUACUACUCUAACUCUGGGGUCCCUAUCAACGGUGGACUGCCGCAGAACCAGAGCAUCUCCAAACACCUGAGCAAGGCCAGAGCAGAUAUCGACAAGCUAAUCCCCCACAAGGAUUUCCGAGGCCUGGGUGUCAUAGACUGGGAGAACUGGAGGCCUCAGUGGGUCAGAAACUGGGGCACCAAGGACAUCUACCGCAACAAGUCCAAGGAGCAGAUCCGGAAACUUCACCCGAACUGGCCGGAGAGCAAAGUGGAGAAAGAAGCAAAGGAAGGUUUCGAGAGGGCUGGGCAGGCCUUCAUGAACCUGACCUUGGCCCUGGCUGAAGGUCGCAGGCCGGAUGGGCUGUGGGGGUUUUACUUGUUCCCAGACUGCUACAACUAUGGGUAUAAACAGCACCCACAACGGUACACCGGCGAAUGCCCCAACGUUGAGCACGUACGCAAUGACCAUCUGAUGUGGCUUUGGAAGGAGAGCACGGCCCUCUACCCGUCCAUCUACCUGGAUUACGAGCUCAAGUCCUCCUCCAACACUGUCAAGUUUGUCCACUAUCGAGUCAAGGAAGCCAUGAGAAUCGCGUCCAUCGCCCGUACAGAUUUCACAUUGCCUGUGUUUGUCUACUCCAGACCUUUCUACGCCUACACCUUUGUCGUUCUUUCAGAGAGCGAUCUGGUUCACACUAUUGGGGAGAGCGCUGCCUUGGGAGCUUCAGGCGUUGUCCUCUGGGGAUCAUCAGAGUAUGCUCGAUCACAGAGGAACUGUCUGACAGUGAAGAAGUACAUUGACGGUCCGCUUGGACAUUACGUCAUCAACGUCACCUCCGCUGCCAAGCUGUGCAGCAAAGCGCUUUGCAAGAAGAACGGCAGGUGCGUCCGCAAGAGCCUGGACUCGGGCGCCUACCUGCACCUGAACCCACGCUUCUUCCACAUCCACCGCAACCCGGCGCCCAGGGGCCCCCGCUUCCACGUCAGCGGCCACCUCAACAACCACGACAUCCUGGACAUGAAGCACAAGUUCACCUGCCAGUGCUACCAAGGCUGGACAGGUGUUUACUGCGAGAUGCCCCAGGCUCCACCCCCUCCUCCUCCCCCACCUCAGCCCGCUGUCCCUCUGCCUCACCCCAGAGAGAACAGCCUGCUGGGAGAUAUCCUGCUCCUCCUGUCCCUCCAUUUCUCCUGUCUGUGUGUCAUCAUGUUCCUGGGACUCUGUCUGAUUAUCAAGUGUCUUAUACUGUAGAUGCUGUUAGCCAGAUCUGCAGCGUGAUCAGCUGCAUUUCCUCUAAGGUCAACAAGAAAAAUGUAUUGAAUAAAUGAGAAAACCAACUUCUCUCGAAAAACCUCAGCAGAUACAGUCAGUUCUCAGUUGCUGGAUUUUUGUUUUCUAAAGGCCCAGACACACCAAACUGACAUCAGGGAACUAGUGGCGACGAAAGCCCCCCUCUUGUGUCACCUGAUGUUGCCGUGUCUCGCCCAAAACGUUGCACAUGAACACACAGCAUUUCUAUACGUACGUUAUGCGCCAGCAUGAGAGGAAAUAACUCUACCCAUACUAAUAACAAUAACAACAGCAUGUGACAGGUUACAAACUGUAAAACUAUACCACUUAUUUUGUUGCAAUUCUGUGUUCUUAAUAGGACAGUGACAACAUAGGUAACGUAACUAUGGGGUAAAUCCAGAUUCAGAGAGUGUAGGUGUAGCCUUGUUGUAUGAAAAGACGCUAAAGGCUUAGAAACACUAAACCGACUUCAGAGAUCUAGCGGCAACAAAAGCCCCCAGCUGUGUUGCCUCACGUCGCCUGACCUCAGCCAAAAAGUUGCACAUGAACACAGUGCUAAGACUAAAGCCGACCACCAAUCAGCACGUAAGUUCUGCACUGGCGUGAGAGGAAAUAACUUGUAUAACUAAGCAGACGGCUGUAGUCUGUAAUCAUCAUUCAAAAUAUUAAACUGGAAGACCAUCUUGAAGCUAGUUAGCCAGUUAGCACAUUAACAACAUGAUCUAAUGUUGAACAGAGCAUAUUUACCAUGUGCCAGUGAACAACAACAUAAACCUUUAGGAGACUUUUCUGCUAAAUCUCUCAAUGGCUAAAGAGACAUAACCUUACAUUAUGUAGCAAGUUUGUUGUGGUCUCACUCACUCUUGACUUUAGCUUUUUGUUUACUUUCCUCACUUCUGUUUCUCUUCUCAUGUGCUGAGCUGAACUGUCGAUCAGAGUGAUUUUGUUCACUGAUGGACUCUGCUAUCGGCGACGCCAAUUCAACAUGCCAAAUUAGUGGUUAAAAAGCCAACGGGCGUCAACGAGGGGCAAUUGCGGGACACGCCGCAGCAACUAGGGUGACAGAUGCUCACUGAUGGCCACCACUGACCAAUGGCCAAUCAACAUCAAAGCACGAGUCUCAACAAAAGUCAACUGUUUCACCUCCCGUCACCUUUGUCUUGGCCAAAGAGUUGCACAUGAACACACCACAAAGACUGCAGGGGAAGGGCAACCAGCACAUUUGCACCAGUGUGACAGACAAUAACUCUUCACACCAGCAGACGGCGGCUGUCUGUAAUCAUCAUUCACAAGGGAAACCAGAAACUGACGGGACAGAUUCAAGAUGCUAGUUAGCCAGUUAGCAUAUUACACGCCCAGAUGUUGAAAGAACAGAUAAUAUUUACUGUGUGCCAGUGAACAACAACACAAACAAUAACAAACUGUUUCUGUUAAAGAGCUCAGUGGCUAAAAAAUUAUUAUAUGAAACAAGUUUGUUUCGAUGUCGUGCCCUCUUAAUUUUGUCUUUUGUUUACUUUCCUCACUUCUGUUUCUCUUCUUCUUCACUGAGCUGAAGUGCCAAUCAGAAAUAUUUCUCCCAUAAAAAGCUCCACUGCUGAUUGAA